GCCCAACUAGACACAUACCAAUUAAAAUAGGAGACAGAAGCAACCAAAAAGGGAAAAGAAGCCCGAAACUCUUUUCCCGAUAGUAGCACCGAGAUCUCCUUUCCUUCCCUUCCCCGAUCAGUGUUUUGGCCACCGGUUAUCGAGGCCAAGGCGGCGAUCGACGCUUCAAGUGACGGCGACCUUAACUCCGGCCAUACCUUCAACGAUCGAAGUCUGCUCCACGCGAAACAAGGCUCUCUCCUGCGAAGUCGCUACCUCCUUCUACAGUUCUAUCUUUCUCGACUUUGCGGAGAGUUCAAGCAUUUCCAGAAAUUCCCUUUACUCAGAGCACUUCCUUCAAGAUCAAUCAAAUCGCAAAACUCAUCAGUUGUGAAAACGGUACCGACAAUCUUACACAAAACCAAGAAAAGUGUGCAAGUGUUUUUCAGCAAUUUCAAAUUUCUAAAUACGCUUUCAUGGCAAAUACAUUGAGGUUGUAUUUGACAUGCAUAAGGAACACUCUCGAGGCAGCCUUGUGUCUGCAGAACUUUCCUUGUCAAGAAGUUGAAAGGCAUAACAAGCCAGAGGUUGAACUCAAGACAAGCCCAGAACUUCUUCUAAAUCCUAUUGUGAUAUGUCGAAAUGAGGCUGAAAAAUGCUUAAUAGAAACUUCGAUUAAUUCACUCCGUAUAAGCCUUAAGGUAAAGCAGGCGGAUGAGCUGGAAAACAUUCUAACUAAAAAAUUUCUUAGGUUUUUGUCAAUGAGAGCGGAAGCAUUUCAAGUCUUAAGACGAAAGCCUAUACAGGGAUAUGACAUUAGCUUUCUUAUCACAAAUUACCACUGCGAGGAGAUGCAGAAACAAAAACUUAUAGAUUUUAUUGUGCAAUUCAUGGAGGAUAUCGAUAAAGAGAUAAGUGAAUUAAAAAUGUCAGUGAACACACGAGGGAGGCUGGUUGCUACAGAGUUUCUAAAGCAAUUUAUUUGAGUUUUCAAUUCCUCUUCUAUUUGAUUUUGAUGCUAGAACUUUCAUUUCUUCAGGAAUGCCUCAUUCCACAUGUUUAUGAUUUUGUUUUGCUUCCUUUGAUCAAUGUCAUUUCUCAAUUUGUUCAUAUAAUCUCUAUAAUAUGAUUCCUUUUAGUGUGUAAUUGUGAAGCAUUCCAUGAUAGAAUUGUCAAUAUCUGGACUUGAUCCUGA